UUUACAUUUUAAGUGUAUCUGGUGAGUGGGCUGGAGCCCUCGUCUGGACCGGGGAGAAAAAAAGCCCUUCGGUUCGUCUUUUAGCCGCUCCUCUUCCUUUUUCUCUCCGGUUUCUCGUCACUCUGAGCAGCGCGACCAUGCCCAGGAAGAAGGCGGCGGCGGCCUGGGAGGAGCCGAGCUCGGGCAACGGCACGGCCCGUUCGGGGCCCAGGAAGCGCGGCGGCCCCGCAGGCAGGAAGCGCGAGCGGCCGGAACGCUGCAGCAGCAGCAGCGGCGGGGGCAGCAGCGGCGACGAGGACGGCCUGGAGCUCGACGGGGCCCCCGGCGGGGGAAAGCGCGCGGCGCGGCCCGCGGCGACUAAGGCCGGCGGCGCGGCAGCGGUCAUCACCGAGCCCGAGCACACCAAGGAGCGCGUCAAACUUGAAGGGUCUAAGUGCAAAGGGCAGCUUUUGAUUUUUGGGGCAACCAACUGGGACUUGAUUGGUCGAAAAGAAGUGCCUAAACAACAAGCUGCUUACCGCAACCUCGGUCAGAACCUGUGGGGGCCCCACCGGUACGGGUGCCUGUCGGGGGUCCGGGUGCGGACAGUGGUUUCGGGGUCGUGCGCUGCCCACAGCCUCCUCAUCACCACAGAAGGGAAGCUGUGGAGCUGGGGGCGAAAUGAGAAGGGGCAGCUGGGCCAUGGCGACACCAAGAGAGUUGAAGCCCCCAGACUCAUCGAGGGGCUCAGCCACGAGGUGAUCGUGUCUGCGGCGUGUGGGAGGAACCACACCUUGGCCUUGACAGAAACGGGCUCCGUGUUUGCGUUUGGAGAGAACAAGAUGGGGCAGCUGGGCCUCGGCAACCAGACAGACGCCGUCCCCAGCCCCGCACAGAUAAUGUACAACGGCCAGCCAAUUACCAAAAUGGCCUGUGGGGCUGAAUUCAGUAUGAUAAUGGACUGCAAAGGAAACCUCUAUUCCUUUGGGUGCCCUGAAUAUGGUCAGCUGGGACACAACUCGGACGGCAAGUUCAUUGCCCGGGCGCAGCGGAUAGAGUAUGACUGCGAGCUGGUGCCCCGGCGCGUGGCCAUCUUCAUCGAGAAGACAAAAGACGGCCAGAUCUUGCCCGUCCCGAAUGUGGUGGUGCGGGACGUGGCCUGUGGCGCUAACCACACGCUGGUCCUGGACUCCCAGAAGCGGGUCUUCUCCUGGGGCUUCGGUGGCUACGGCCGGCUGGGCCACGCUGAGCAGAAGGAUGAGAUGGUCCCCCGCCUGGUGAAGCUGUUCGACUUCCCGGGGCGUGGGGCGUCCCAGAUCUACGCUGGCUACACCUGUUCCUUCGCUGUCAGUGAAGUAGGUGGUCUGUUUUUCUGGGGGGCCACCAACACGUCCCGGGAGUCCACCAUGUACCCGAAGGCUGUGCAGGACCUCUGUGGCUGGAGAAUCCGGAGCCUGGCUUGUGGGAAGAGCAGCAUCAUCGUGGCUGCGGACGAGAGCACGAUCAGCUGGGGCCCCUCGCCGACCUUCGGGGAGCUGGGCUACGGGGACCACAAGCCAAAGUCUUCCACGGCAGCUCAGGAGGUGAAGACGCUUGACGGCAUCUUCACAGAGCAGGUAGCCAUGGGUUACUCACACUCCUUGGUGAUCGCAAGAGACGAAAGUGAGGUGGAGAAGGAGAAGAUCAGGAAACUGCCAGAGUACAACCCUCGGACCCUCUGACGCCCUGGAGCCCCCCGCUCCACACCUCUCGCGGCAGCUGUCAUGUCCACGUGCACUGGGACGGGAAGUCAAGCGAGGAAUUUCAGAAGCAAAAGUUGACCGAAGGUGCAUUUCUGUUAGACUCCCUGAGGUUCCGUUUUAUAAGUGAUUCAACGCCAACUACCUUUUCUGUAUGCUUUCCAAAGUGGUUUUUUUUUUUUUACCCCUUCUUCAUGUUUAAUUAAAAUAUUUGCUCAUAGUUGACUUACCAUUCCUACAAAAGAGGCAGAAACUUUGAGCAAUCUAGGCUUUUUUUUAGGUUCCCCCUCCCCCGCCCCGUACCCUUCUCAGAAACACCCCUUUCCAUUGUGGUGAGCAUUGUGAGCCCAGCGGGUGCUGCCUGGGACAGGUCUCUACGUGCUUUGGGAGCGGCAGCACCGUUCCUGGGGGUCCGUCUCAGACAACGCGGCCCCCGUGUGCUCCGCAGCACCCAGCUCGCUGCCUUCCCGCUUUUCCUUCUAGACCGGCCACAUGUGCUCUGCUCCUCCCCCUGGCUGCCUGUAAGCCCCGUCGCCUUUUGGCUGUGACAUUAAUAGAACCUGCCAUUUUCCCCCCUGGUGGGGGCUUGUGGAUCUCUGUUUAGCCAUUUUUAUCUACUUUAGCUGUCAAAGAAGUCCAAAUGAAAAUCAGGUGAUCACGGAACCAGUGGGGACUUGGGGGGUGGACAGACGUGGCUGCAGAUCUGGUUCGAAGGCGCCCGUGAGCCGGGGUCGCCUCGCCAGCACCCGCCGUCAGAGACUGACCAGCAGGACACUGCGUUUUGGAGUCUCCGCAGGGGAGGAGCGUCCUCUGUGUCCCGGCCUUUGUUGCCUUCGUGUUUCUGUCUUUAUCCUGAGCCCCUGGCUGGGUCCCGCCUGUUUCCGAGGCCCGGGUUCCUGCUCCACAAACCCAACUCUCUAGUCACAUUUGCUUGGCUGUGCUACCAAAUAGUUGGGAUCGUGGAAGAAGUCCCCUUCCCUGAGUCAGCGCAGAGGCUGUGACCGGCUCCCCGCAAGUGCCCUGUGCACCAGCAUGUCCCUGGCGCUGCCUGAGUUACGAGGUGCCUUUCCCGGAACCCUCCUCUUGCUCGGACCCGAGAGAGGCGGCAGCCGUGGCCAGGUUCUUGGUCUCGAGAGGGUCUGGACUGGUUUGGGUGCUUUAAAAUAGCUGUUUAGGUCAGUGGUGCUUGUGGCAGAGACGGGGGAGAGGUGCAGUGUGAGACUGGGUGGAUGGGAAAGUUCAAUAUUGGUCUUUUUUUGUUAUUAUUUUUUUUGCUUCGCUCGUUACCGUUUUUGUCUCGAUGUUAAAAUGCCAAAAAUGACUAGUCGUUGCUUUUCCUCUCCUCGUCCCUACCGCCCCGCCGCUCCCGACGGCGGCGCCCUCCUGCACAGGGCAUGUGGCAGCGCCUGUCCCGGCCAGUCCUGAGGCCUCAUGGCAGGAGGCCGGCCUGCAUCUUUGCUGAGGUUUAGUCUGACUUCAUGCUUGUCUCUGCUGUCUGUGUUUAUAGUCCAGGGGAGAAGCUUCUGCAACUUCAGAGCUUCUGCUAAACUAACCUGAUUUGUCCAAAUCACCCUCUAACCACCAUCUCUCACUCAAGCUUCCCCGCGUAGAGCCCCUUGGUUUCCCGCGACAGAGCUCUUCCUGAAGCGGGCGUGGUAGCCACACUCCUGGACGGUGUGCAGCUCCCUGGGGCUGUGCGCCCACACUGGGGCCCCUGCUGGGGGCUGGAGCAGGAGCAGGAAAGGGACGUCCCCUCCAUCUGAGGCCGCCCUGUUCUCUCCCAGGCACUGCUUGGAGCUCAGAAUUUUAAAAUGAACUUCCUAACCGGGAAACCCUUCAGAACAGGGAGCUGGGAGACAGCGCGGCCUGGGGUGUGGGGUGUGGGGGCCCUUUGGGCCCCAGCUGCGUCUUCCAGCUCAGGAAGGAGACUGGACCAGGAGGCUGAGCGUGAAGGGGAGAACCCAGGAAGAGGUGGUGAUUCGGUUGAAGGUGCCUGGUUUAGUGCUGUAUUGUCUUUUUUUAUAUAUAUAUAUUUCUUGGAGUAAACAUUUGAAAUAAACGGCAUCAUUGUUUGCUC